AUGAAGUCUCUUGAUUGGCUUUUGCUUCUCUUGAUCAUAACUAUUACCGUUUCAAUAUCAGUUGAAGCUCAAAAUCAAGCAGGAUUCAUCAGCUUGGAUUGUGGAUUGGUGCCUAAGGAAACUACUUAUGUGGAGAAGACGACGAAUAUAACAUACAAAUCAGACGCAGAUUACAUCGACAGUGGACUACCAGGGAAGAUCAACGACGCAUACAAGACUCUGUUUCAGCAACAAACAUGGUCCUUGAGAAGCUUCCCUGAGGGUCAAAGAAACUGUUACAACUUCUUCAACCUAACAACCAACCGCAAAUAUCUGAUCAGAGGAACAUUCAUGUACGGGAAUUACGAUGGCCUGAAUCAACUCCCAAGCUUUGACCUUCACAUUGGUGCUAGCAAUUGGUCUUCUGUCAAAAUACGAGGAGCAACAAACACUUCAAUGCACGAGAUAAUCCAUGUCGUUACACAAGACCAUCUUCAAGUCUGUCUUGUGAAGACAGGACCGACGACGCCAUUCAUUUCUUCACUUGAGUUUCGUCCAUUGAGCAAUGAAAGUUACGUCACGGAAAGCGGAUCACUGAAGUUGUCCGCCAGAGUAUACUUUCCAUCCGCUUCAGCAUCAUUCAUCAGGUACGAUGAGGACUUGAGUGACCGAGUCUGGGAUACAUACACAGAUGAUAAAACCGCCUCUAUAAGCACCGAGCUCUCCGUGAAUACAAACAACUUCUACGAGGUGCCUCAAGCCGUGAUGAAGACUGCUGCCGUCCCUGUGGACGCUAGUAAGCCAUGGCACUUCUCGUGGACUAUUGACGACGCAUCUGCGAAGUCGUACAUAUAUAUGCAUAUCGCCGAGAUCCAGGCCCUGAACGCCAGUGACAUCAGAGAAUUCGACAUUACUUACAAUGAUGGCACGCCUUGGUACAGCUAUUUUAGGCCUGCCAAACAAAGCAUUACAACCAUCUUCAAUCCAAGCGCCGUGAAAUCUAAAGAUGGGCUAUUUAAUUUCACUUUCGCAAAGACCGGUAACUCCACUCUUCCUCCACUUAUCAACGCCUUGGAGAUUUAUACAGUUGUAGACAUUCUACAGCUGGAGACAGAGAAGAGUGAAGUUUCUGCUAUGAUGAACCUCAAGAAGACGUAUGGUUUGAGCAAAAAGAUAAGCUGGCAAGGAGAUCCUUGUGCUCCUCAGGUUUUUCGGUGGGAAGGUUUGAAUUGCAGUUACUCAAACACCGAGUCAUCACGGAUCAUAUCCUUGAACUUGAAUGGGAGUGGAUUGACAGGUACCAUAACAUCUGACAUAUCCAAGCUUACACAGUUGGUAGAGCUAGAUUUGUCAAGGAAUGACUUAUCAGGAGAGAUUCCAGUGUUUUUUGCUGAUAUGAAGUUGUUGAAACUCAUAAACUUAAGCGGGAACCCGAAGCUUAAUAUGACGAUUCCAGACUCUCUUCUGGAAAUGGUAAAAAGCAAAUCUUUGACACUAAUUUUGGGUGAAGCCCUGAGUCCAAAAAGCGAGAGUAGCAAGGUUCCAAUGGUUGCUAUCGGAGCAUCAGUGGCUGGAGUGUUUGUUCUGAUUGUUAUCGUGGCCAUCUUCUUCGUCGUUAGAAGGAAAAAGGGGAAAACUACUGAGGAGGGUCUUGAGAUUAGUGGAAAAGCUCCAGGGACACCACCAUCAGCCACUAACCGUAGUGUUAACGCUGAGACAAGAUCAUCCAAUCCAUCAAUCAUAACAAAGGACCGCAGGAUCACUUACCCCGAGGUACUGAAGAUGACAAACAACUUCGAGAGAGUUCUUGGCAAAGGAGGGUUUGGAACAGUGUAUCAUGGAAACUUGGAUAAUGCUGAGGUAGCUGUGAAAAUGCUCUCUCAUUCAUCAGCUCAAGGUUAUAAAGAAUUCAAAGCAGAGGUGGAGCUUCUUUUGAGAGUUCACCAUAGACAUUUAGUGGGGCUUGUUGGUUACUGUGAUGAUGGAGAUAACUUGGCCUUGAUCUAUGAAUACAUGGCAAACGGAGACCUGAGGGAGAAUAUGUUAGGGAAACGUGGAGGCAAUGUCCUAACCUGGGAAAACAGGAUGCAAAUAGCUGUAGAAGCAGCGCAAGGAUUGGAGUAUCUGCACAAUGGAUGUAGGCCUCCUAUGGUCCAUAGAGAUGUGAAAACUACAAACAUCUUAUUGAAUGAGCGGUCUGGAGCAAAACUAGCCGACUUUGGUCUCUCUAGAUCUUUCCCACUCGAUGGAGAAUCUAAUGUCAUGACAGUCGUUGCAGGAACACCUGGUUACCUAGACCCUGAGUACUACAGAACAAACUGGCUAAGCGAGACGAGUGACGUGUACAGCUUUGGUGUAGUGCUGUUAGAGAUAGUCACAAACCAGCCUGUGAUAGAGAAAACCAGAGAGAGACCUCACAUCAAUGAAUGGGUUGGUUUCAUGCUUACCAAAGGAGAUAUCAAGAGCAUUGUUGACCCGAAGCUGAUGGGGGACUUUGACACAAACGGUGCGUGGAAGAUUGUGGAGCUGGCUCUGGCUUGUGUGAACCCGUCUUCGAACCGGAGACCAACAAUGGCACAUGUGGUUAUGGAGCUUAACGAGUGUGUGGCCUUGGAAAUUGCAAGGAGACAAGGUAGUGCAACGAUGAACUCAAUGGGCUCAUUUGACUAUAGUCACUCUUCUGCUUCAGAGUUUGCCCCUGGAGCUAGAUAA